AAGCCUGAAGUCCCUGACAGCAAAGCGGAACUGACUCAGCCCUUCCUCUUCUUUUCAGCCAGUAACAGAGGUGUGGUACAGACACCCGCCGGACUAGCCACCGACUUCAUUGUGACUGUCAGGGAUACUACACGAUCAAUAUGGCUCUACCCAUAGAUCCCAUGGAGGAGCCGCGGAUGUACCAGCAAACCCUGCUCCAGGAUGGUCUGUACGAUCUUCUGGAGAGCAAUAUGAUGGUUGACUGUGUGUUGAAGAUCAAAGACAAGGAGUUUCCCUGCCACCGGUUGGUCCUGGCUGCUUGCAGCUCGUACUUCAGAGCUUUCUUCAAGUCAGGUGUGGAGGAGAGUAAAAAGAAGGAGAUUGUAUUGGAGGAUGUGGAGCCUGGAGUCAUGGGGAUGAUCUUGAAGUACCUGUACACCUCAAACAUCAAUGUGACGGAGCAAAACGUACAAGACAUCUUCGCUCUGGCCAACAUGCUUCAGAUCCCCUCCAUUUUCACCGUAUGUGUUUCGUUCCUGCAAAAGAGAUUAAGUUUGAGCAACUGUUUGGCAAUUUUUCGCCUAGGCCUCAUGCUGGAUUGUCCUCGUCUCGCCAUAUCGGCGAGGAACUUCGCUUGUGAACGCUUUCAGUUAAUUGCUCGGGAUGAAGAAUUCCUGCAGCUGACUCCAAGCGAACUGGCAGCCGUUAUCGCAUCAGACUCUUUGAAUGUAGAAACCGAGCAAGAUGUUUUUGAGGCUUUGAUUAAGUGGGUUGGACAUGACCAAGAGAAGAGGCUGGAGGACCUAGCGGGUCUCCUGGAUUGCGUCAGGUUACGUCUGGUUCCCGAGGACUACUUCACCAAAAAUGUGGAGAAACACGAAUGGUUGAGCUUGAACCCAGAGAUCACCAAGAAACUGCAACUGGUCAAAGACGCCCGUGCUGGGAAGCUUCCUGAAGUCAAGAAGACCAAAAGCAAAAAGAGUGAAGGUGAGGAAGGAGAAAAGGAGGGAGAUGAAGAAAAAGAAGAAGAAGAGCAGGAGGAGCUACUUCCAGGAAUCUUGAAUGACAAUCUGCGGUUCGGGAUGUUCCUGAGAGACUUGGUCUUCUUGAUCAAUGACACUGCGUCGGUGGCUUAUGACCCAACAGGAAAUGAUUGUUUUGUGGCGUCACUCUCCACCCAAAUUCCUAAAAACCACUGCAGUCUGGUUACAAAGGAAAAUCAGAUAUUUGUGGCAGGUGGACUGUUUUUUGAUGAGCAGAGCAAAGACGAACAGAUCUAUUCAUACUUUUUGCAGUUUGACCCUGCAACAUCAGACUGGAUGGGCAUGCCUCCCAUACCCUCUCCCCGCUUCCUGUUUGGGAUGGGUGAGGCAGAAAACUUCAUCUUUGUUAUUGGAGGGAAAGAAAUGAAGGAAGGAGAACGUGUUCUGGACACAGUCAUGGUUUACGACAGACAGUAUCUUAAAUGGGCCGAGUCAGAUCCUCUUCCCUACCCAGUAUAUGGCCAUGGAGUAGUGUCCCAUAAUGAAAUGAUCUAUGUAAUUGGAGGAAAGGGAGAGAACAAAGAGUGUUUGAAUAGCGCGUGUGUGUACGACACUAAAACACGUCAAUGGAAGGAUCUGGCUCCAUUAAAAACCGCUCGCUCACUAUUUGGGAUCACAAUUCACAAAAACAAGAUCUACGUGGCAGCUGGUGUAACUGACACUGGCCUCACAGGCAACGCUGAGGUCUACGACAUCAAAACCAACAAGUGGUCAGAGUUUGUAGAAUUUCCCCAGGACCGUAGUUCGCUUAGCCUGGUCAGUGUGGGUGGCAUCCUCUACGCUGUGGGUGGAUUUGCCAUGUUCCCCAAGGAGGACAGCGACGAUCUCAUGCCACAGGAAAUGAAUGACAUCUGGAGGUACGAUGAGGGCGAGAAGAAAUGGAACGGCAUCCUGAGGGAGAUUCAAUAUGCAUCUGGUGCAACAGUUCUAGGAGUUCGACUUAACACUCUUCGGCUCACUAAAAUGUGAGACUACACCAGUGCCGUCCAACGAUUCAGUGUACCAAAAUGGAAAGGAGGUACAAACUUGGGACAAAAUGAAACCAAGUCUGAACCAGUGUGAAACAUUAGAGGACAAAACAUCUGUUCUCAAACUCAUUCCAUGAAAGCGAUUCAUGUGAUAUUCAACACACAAACACACUUGAUCUUUUGAAACAGAGAGAACAAACACAGAUAUUGUCAAAACAAUGCUGUUUCUGAACAAUUUUAUUAUGGAUUUAUUAUAGCUGCUUGUGUUAUGUUGUGUACUUUUUUAAAUUUAUUGUUAAUUCUUAUUCUGAAUGUGAGAAACCUCCCAGGGUAAAGUAAAAACAAACACAAAAAUGCUUGGUGUGGUUUCAUUUAGUUCACUAUUGAAAUUUGCAUUUUAUUUUGUUUUAUUACAGACAAUAAAUACUACCCGGUACAAUAAAUGACAA